UAGCUAUCAUUCGGCUGCUACCCUCAACACUAUGAAGGCUUUUCGGAUCGGUCGGAAACCUGCGGGUCCUUGGGUCAACAUGACACCGCCAAUUAGGGGCGGCGUCUACACCAAAUCCGCAGCCGCAUCCGCAUCUGCAUCUGCAUCUGCGCCUGCAUCGAGAUCUACUACCCCAGAUGUCACGGACGCUGCCGUAGAAUGCCCCUUGUCCGAUCUCGAUGAAGACGAGUCUGCCGACGAUGCCGUCUCCGAGGCCUCCGCCAGGAGCUCCCGCACGUCCCUGACAUCCGAGUGCAGCAGCGCUGAGGCCGAGAUCGAGAAGACGAAGCUCGCCGCCCCGACCGAGACAGGCAUUCGCAGACGCAUCGCUGCCCCCACCAACCGGACCGAAGAUGAUGCCAUCCUAUCCGGCCGAAGCCGUAUGACGGCCGAGCAAUAUACUGACUGGGCCAUCCAGCAGAAUGUCAACAAGGAUAUCGACGAGUACCCUUCGCUCGACCCUGCCGUCCAGCUUGACAUCCAAAUGAAGUACCGUCUUCUCCACGAACGCGUCAAGGAGGCCGGGCUUUACGAUUGCCCCUACCUCGACUACGGCAAGGAGAUUUGCCGCUACUCAAUCCUUUUCGCCAGCUUCCUCUUCGCGCUGCGCCACGAGUGGUACAUGACCUCGGCCUGCUUCUUGGGUCUUUUCUGGCAUCAGAUCAUGUUCUCCGCCCACGACGCCGGUCACGGUGCCAUCACCCACAACUUUACCUUUGACACCCUCAUUGGCCUCUUCAUUGCCGACUUCUGCUGCGGCUUGUCCAUGGGAUGGUGGAAGAGCAGUCACAACGUUCACCACCUUAUCACCAACAUGCCUGAACACGACCCCGAUAUCCAGAACGUCCCUCUCUUCGCAACCUGCCCUUCGUUCUUCAAGUCCAUCAAGUCCACCUACUACGAUGGCUUCGUCUUCGUCUGGGACGCUGCCGCCGAUGUCCUCGCCAAGUACCAGGCGUAUACCUACUACCCUGUCAUGGGCAUUGCCCGCUUCAACCUGUACCUCCUCUCGUGGCUGCACGUCCUUUCGCGCAGGUCCUCCCAGCUUGGCAGCUCCAAGGCGUGGUGGAUUCGCCCGACUGAGAUCGCCUUCAUGGCCUGCUUCUGGUACAUCUUCGGCUACCGCCUGGUCCUGUGCACCCUGCCCACGUGGACCAUCCGCGUCGCCUUUGUCCUCGUCUCGCACAUCAUCACCAUGCCGCUGCACGUUCAGAUUACCCUGUCCCACUGGGGCAUGUCGACCUCAGACCUCGGAGAGUCCGAAUCCUUCCCCCAGCGCCAGCUCCGCACCACUAUGGACGUCGACUGCCCCGCCUGGCUCGACUUCAUCCACGGUGGCCUCCAGUUCCAGGCCGUCCACCACCUCUUUCCCCGCCUCCCCCGUCACAACCUCCGGAAGGCCCAGGUCUUUGUCAAGGACUUUUGCCGGGACACCGAGAUCCCCUACUCCAUCCUGGGUUUCGUCAACGGAAACAAGAAGGUCAUUGGCCGCCUCGAGGAGGUCAGCGACCAGCUCCGCACCCUGCUCGGCUGCCAGAAGUACAUGGCCGAGACUGGCGAGAGCGCUCUGCAUUAGAAGAGAGCAUAUAUGAGUGCAUUGUUUCGGCGUUGUGAUUUUAAUAGAUUAGAC